CCGGUGUCCAGUCUCUGGAAAGGUGGGUCACCUGCAAGGGGGCACUGGCUUCUGAGCUGCCUCAGAACGUGGUGUCGCAGGUGGCUACUGGAACUGACACCCAACACUGCGGCGGAGCUGCGUGUCCCCAUGCCGCAGCCUCACCAGGCCGAGCUGGCUGGGCCGCGGAGCCGCACUCCCUAUCCUUAACCACGCAUUGGCCGCGCUGUGGCCUUGGCUCUGCUUCGCUCAGAGGUACUGGAUCAGGUCGGUGUCUGCCAGAUGCCGGAGAGUUGCUGCGAGCUACCCGCAGGAUAGCUUAAACUUUCCCUGGGGAUUCCUCUACCAGCCCGUUAGAUCGUGUUGUGAAUUUCGCCAGAUACCAAAAUAAAAUACUCUCUCCAGUGCCCUUCUGGGAUAUUAUGACUUUUCUCCUUAAAAACUGACGAAAAGACCGGGAACUAUUUUGUUUUCAGAGUCUGGGAUAAAGACUAGCAAGUGAGAAAGCUAUGUCUUGGCGGUCCUUCUCUCACACUUCCAGAGAGGCUUCGUUCCUAACAUUUUUCUAGCCAUCAGAUUUCUCCAGAAGAAAUAAUCGGUCUACGAUUAGAGUGACAUUGUGCCCAGAGCCCCCAAAAUGGCAGCUAAAAUGGAGAUAACUUUGAGCACCCACACUGAGGAUUCUGACAAGCAAGAGAGACACAUAAUAAUGAAGCUGGAAGAAAAACGUGGCCCCCCUCAGCAGAAAGCCUAUCCUGACCCUGAGCUUUCCCGCCAGAGCUUUAGACACUUUUGCUAUCAAGAAGUGUCUGGACCCCAGGAAGCGCUCUCCUGCCUUCAACAGCUCUGCAGACAGUGGCUGCAGCCUGAACUACACACUAAAGAGCAGAUUUUGGAGCUCCUAGUGAUGGAGCAGUUUCUGGUCAUCCUACCUCCAGAGAUCCAGGCACAGGUCUGGCAUCGGUAUCCAAAGAGCAGCAGGGAGAUUGUGACUCUGGUGGAAGAUUUGCACAAAGCAUCCAAAAAACCAAAGCAGUGGGUGACCGUUUGUAUGCAAGGGCAAAAGGUGCUCUUGGAGAAAACGGGAACUCAGCUUGUAGAACAAGAACUUCGAGACUUUCAACCCCAAACUCCUAGCAGAGAUAUUCAGGAGGACUCUGUGGAGGACUCUGUGGAAGAGCCUUCCUGGGAAGGAUCUCAUGAGCGGCUGAGUCCUCACCAUUGGGAGAAGUCUCUCCUCCAGGAACCAGUCCUUAGAUUGACUGAGACAGAGUUCUCCAGAAUGAGAGGUGACAAGGAAAACCCACAACAGGAGGAGGCAAGAGGAGCAAAGGCAUGCACAGUCUUAUGUGGAAGACCUAAAGGGAGUACCCUGCACAGCCCUGAGCCAAGAGGGGUGACCGCAAGUGAUGCCCAAUUGUUGCAAUGGCAGGUCAGACCCCCACAAUCUCCCAAAUCACUUGCCCACUACCAGAGACAUUGCAGAGAGCUGGAAUAUAUCAGUAAUCCCCUCAGAGGUCACCCGCUGAGAGAGUUAAAGAGAAGCAGAGGAGGCCGAAGAAGCCUGAGCAGCCUUCUGCAGCGUCUUGGUCACCAGGCAGCCCACCCAGCCAAGAAACCUUACAGAUGUGAUGACUGUGGGAAAAGCUUCACAUGGAAUUCAGAGCUGAAGCGACACAGGAGAGUGCACACCGGGGAGAGACCCUACAUCUGUGGGGAGUGUGGAAACUGCUUUGGGAGACAGUCAACUCUGAAACUGCACCAGAGAAUCCACACUGGAGAGAAACCAUACCAGUGCAGCCACUGUGGCAAAUGCUUUCGCCAAAGCUCCAACCUCCACCAGCACCACAGGCUCCACCAUGGGACCUGAAGCCAUGAUGUGUGCUGGAGAGUCCUAGGGAAAGGCUUCUGGUCUCUCCCUUCUCUUACUUGCCUGUAAAUCGCAGAGUAUCUUUUGUGACUUACAAACAGAGCAAGUGGCCUUUGGGGAGUGAUGGGUGAAUUAUCAGCUGGUAAGGAGGUCAGAAAGAGGCUGAUGGGGCCUGACUGUAAGGAUAGCUGAUCCGGGUGUUGGGGCACAGAGAGCUACUGUCUCCGCAGAGUAGGGACUAGUUACUGAAUAGUCAGAAUGAGCUGCAAGUGGCUUUAAUUAAUUAACCUUCAUCUUCUAAAAUACAGUUGUUUUCAUGUGUACACUUGAGCAGUUGACGAGAAUGUCAAGAAAGCAUUCACCAGAGAGUCCUCUAAAAGUCUUUCUGCAACUGACUUUUUUGGUGGUGGUGGGUUUUAAUUACUUAUUUAUUUUUAAGACCAGUCUCUCUACACUCUAUAUAGCCCUGGCAGUGCUGGAACUCACUCUGUAGAACAGGUUGGCCUGGAGCUCAGAGAUCCACCUGCCUCUGCCUCCCAAGUGCUGGUAAAAAGGUAUGUGAACCCAUACCCUGCUAUAACUAAGCAAAAGACAAAUUGAGUGUGUGUGUGUGUGUGUGUGUGUGUGUGUGUGUGUGUUUAGCAGUUUCUAAGUAGAUGGUACUUUUAUUUAAAUUAUAUUUGAGGGAACUUUUUAUGUCAAAGCACUUUUGAUUUACAAAAGGUGUUCCACCUCCAGCCCAUGAUAUAAGGGAAAGCUUCCAGAAGUAAGUACUGCUUUGGUAGACAGGGGAAUUCUGCCCAUUCUUAAAUAAGCCAUUAGUUUUAAAACUGUGAC